AUGAAUGGCAUCUAUGCUCGUGACGAUCCUUUCGCUCCUUAUAUGCAGAAUAGUGCAUCAUAUACACAAUUUUCAAUUCAACUUCUAAAUUUUGAAGCAUCCAAACUCUACUUUCUCGUCGUAUCGGCCUCCCUGAGCGUUUCCGCUCUUGCUUCACCGACUCCAAUAUCGCCGGACCUUUUGAGAAGGAACAACAUUAAAGAGAGGGGUAGCAUUCCUGGGUGGGAUUGGCUUCGAGGUCUCGUGGAGGGUUCGAAAACUGGCUCAAUUGUUGAAAAUGGCAUCAAAGAAAACAAUGGUUGCCAGCCAUUGACCUUGAUAUUUGCCUGCGGGACGGGGGAAAUUGGUAAUAUGGGUGAGAUAAUAGGGCCACCUCUGGCAGGCGCGCUGAGAACGCAUAUGAACGGAAAAGUCACCAUCCAAGGCGUUAAUUACCCUGCGUCUGCCCUAUCAUUAUCGCAAUGCCCCGGAAGUAAGGUGGUCCUUGCGGGGUAUUCCCAGGGAGCCUCAGUGGUACACAAUGCCUCUGGCGACCUCAAGGCUGGCCAGGUAGCAAGAGCGGUGCUAUUUGGAGACCCACUCCAAAGCAUACCCCCACGAUCCAUCAUCGAAAAGGACGUGAUGUCAAUAUGUGCAGGAGGAGAUGCUAUCUGUCGAGGCGGUUUAGAUAUUCCGGCUCACUUGUCAUACGCGGAGAACGCGAAUAAAGCUGCUGCAUUACUUGUAGGAGCGUGA